GCGGAGGAGGACGUGACUCGGAGCUGCCUCCGCUUUCUCCAAGCCGUAUUCCUUUAAGAUGAUGUAAUAGUCAUCUCCCUGGAUGGUGUCUUGCCUGCACUGCUGAGACAACAGCCUCCGAACUGCACCGGGAACUGGAGAGCCACCCAGCUCCGCCGCCAGCCCAGCCGGAGCCCCGAGCCCCCCGCCGGCAGCCCUGCGCCCACCUGCCUGGGAACAUGGGAGCCCGUCUGCCCUUGCCGGCAGGUGGGGUGGCUACCUGGGACCCCAGCGGGGCGCGUCUCUCCGUCUUCCUGCUUCCCGGCUUUCUAAAAAGCUUCUAAGUCCCGGUACCUCUUUGCAACUCUCUUUUCUUUUAAGGAUCCUUUCUGAAGGUUUGAUGGUUUUUUCGGUUUUUCCUGGAGGAGCUUUGCUUGAAUGUUUUUCUCUUGCUUUACUUCUUCAACCCAAUCUCCUCUCAUCACGGUUUAACUUUUUGGUGACUUGCUUUAACUUGAGAUUGGGAGUGAAUAUAUACCUACAUAUAUAUCUACAUAAAAAUAUACAUUUAUAUAAAUACACACACACAUAUAUAAUAUAUAUAUAUAAAUUAUUUUCAAAGAGCACAUAUCUGUGGCACUUUUCAUUGAUACCUCUGUCCUUUUUACCUGUUUGGGAUUUGGCAAGAUCCAGACUCAGUCUGGCUGUGGAUUCUGAUUGCUUUACAAAUGGUUAUUUCUUCACAAGAACUGGGUCUCCAGCACUCACUAAGAUGGACAUCUGAGUAGCUGGGGACUUGGCCUGCCUUGCCUACUGAGCUUGAUGGAAAAUUGGAUGCAGAUGAGUUGAUUAUAUUCCAUGGAGUAAUAGCUCACCACCAGCCGGGGUUUAAACUACUUUUUCAGCAUCACUUCACCUGUGGACUCUUAUAAAUUUUGCUUUCCUGGGGAAAAACUAGGGUAAGAGGAGGUCAUUUUUAACAAGUUAGCAUUCUUUUCCCUUCCUUACAAGUGGAUGCAGAGCACAAGGCUGUGACUCCAUUAGAUUAUACCCUUACAUCAAAAUAGGAGAAGAAGAAGAAAGAGACAAUGGCUCUCAGUGGAAACUGUAGUCGUUACUAUCCUCGAGAACAAGGGGCCACAGUUCCCAACUCCUUCCCUGAGGUUGUGGAGCUGAAUGUCGGGGGCCAAGUUUAUUUCACUCGCCAUUCCACGUUAGUAAGCAUCCCUCAUUCCCUCCUGUGGAAAAUGUUUUCCCCAAAGAGAGACAUGGCUAACGAUCUAGCCAAGGACUCCAAGGGAAGGUUUUUCAUUGACAGAGAUGGAUUCUUGUUCCGUUAUAUUCUGGACUAUCUCAGGGACAGGCAGGUGGUCCUGCCUGAUCACUUUCCAGAAAAAGGAAGACUGAAAAGGGAAGCUGAGUACUUCCAGCUCCCAGACUUGGUCAAACUCCUGACCCCCGAUGACAUCAAGCAAAGCCCGGAUGAAUUCUGCCACAGUGACUUUGAGGAUGCCUCCCAGGGGAGUGAUACGAGAAUCUGCCCCCCUUCCUCACUGCUCCCUGCCGACCGCAAGUGGGGUUUCAUUACUGUGGGCUACAGGGGAUCCUGCACCUUGGGCAGGGAGGGCCAGGCAGAUGCCAAGUUUCGGAGAGUUCCCAGGAUUCUGGUUUGUGGAAGGAUUUCCUUGGCAAAGGAGGUCUUUGGAGAAACUUUGAAUGAGAGCAGAGACCCUGACCGAGCCCCGGAAAGAUACACAUCCAGAUUUUAUCUCAAAUUCAAGCAUCUGGAAAGGGCUUUUGAUAUGUUGUCAGAGUGUGGAUUCCACAUGGUGGCCUGUAACUCAUCAGUGACGGCAUCCUUCAUCAACCAGUAUACAGACGACAAGAUCUGGUCAAGCUACACUGAAUAUGUCUUCUACCGUGAGCCUUCCAGGUGGUCAUCCUCACACUGUGAUUGCUGCUGCAAGAACGGCAAGGGUGACAAAGAAGGGGAGAGCGGCACGUCCUGCAACGACCUCUCCACCUCCAGCUGCGACAGCCAGUCUGAGGCCAGCUCUCCCCAGGAGACGGUCAUCUGUGGGCCUGUGACGCGUCAGACCAACAUCCAGACUCUGGACCGCCCCAUCAAGAAGGGCCCGGUCCAGCUGAUCCAACAGUCAGAGAUGAGGCGGAAAAGCGAUCUGCUCCGGACUCUGACUUCCGGCUCCAGGGAGUCAAACAUGAGCAGUAAAAAAAAAGCUGUUAAAGAAAAGCUCUCCAUUGAGGAAGAGCUGGAGAAGUGCAUCCAGGAUUUCCUAAAGAUCAAAAUCCCAGAUCGCUUCCCUGAGAGAAAACAUCCUUGGCAGUCUGAACUUUUACGGAAGUAUCAUCUAUAGGGGAGGGCUGGGGGGUGGGAAAAGAAAAAAAAAUAUCAGUCACCAUUUUGAAAUAAACCUCCUAAAGAAUUCAUAUUUUAAAGGGAAAAAAAAAUCACAACUAACGAUAACAUAUUUGUUAGAACACAAUAGUCCAUUGAUACACUACUGCCUACUUUACCUAGUUCACCUUAACAUGUAAAUCCACAGGGUAGAUCUCUUUCUAGAUGUGGAAAUACAAGAAAAUCUUUUUUUGUCGUGUGUUUGUUUGUUAACUUGGUCCCAUGUGCUAAAUAUCUUAUAUAAAGCGAAAGCCGGCUACACCGGAGUAGCCGAGAGGCCUUGGGUGUCAUUUAUCCCAAACUGGGUUUUUUUCCCCUCUCCUCUUCUACCUCCCUCCUUUGAAAGAGGAUAAUGGUAGAUGGUAGAAAGAGAUUUGGCCCAAUGGCAUAGGUUUGGAAUUUUUUUUUAAUUUUGCUUUUUCUUUUGGUUCAUUGGGUAAGUGAGGGGGAGGGAAUGGCAGAUUUAUAUGACUUUUCAUUCAAAUGUAUAUGUGCCAGUUUAUACUGACUCUGUAUGCAUGAGUAUUUGUGCAGCACAAGCACAACUGAGUAUGUACAUACACACGACGCACAUGACGCCAGGGCCUGGGCAUCCCAAGGGCUGUGCACCUGCUUCUGGCAGCUCCCUCUCAGAGCACUUCCGACAAACGAGCCUCUGCCUCUUUCUUAACACUCCCCUGGGAAGCCUUUCCAGCCUCUCCAUAACAUCUUUCUAACAUUCAGUGACCCUCAUCAUCAACUAAUUGUCUUCCUUAUUUCAAAAUUAACACCCCCAGGCUCCAUGUGACUGCUUUGCUCUUUCUGUGCAUUAGGAGAGGGUGCGCACAUAGAACCAGUCGAAUGUUCUUGGUCUUUAAAAAAAAGUUCAUAUCCACCAGAAUGCCCACGGAGUGACCCUACCUUUUCAGCCUUUUCUACCCUGAACUGAAUUUUUGCCCUCCUCUCAAUGUUCUCGGAGUUCUUACUGCCCACAUUUUAAUGAUGUGGCCUUUCCACAUAAUCCACAUUAAGAUCCCCGUAUUCCGGAGUAGUUGUGGAAAUAAGAACAACACACAGUACUUGAAUAAGGGUCCAGCAUUUUUUGUUUUGUUUUGUUUUGUUUUAGAGGAAAUUGUAUUCCACACACCUCCUAAUGAUGUCUCAUAACAAUUUUAAAUUGCAAUGCUAUAUUGUUACUUGCUUCUAGCCAGUUGUGUCUGCUUUUGGCAUUCUGCGAUUUGGCUGUGUCCAUACUAGGAAUUAUAGCUGUGUCAUUGUUAUGAUGGCUGUAACAACCUAGGUAACUGGCGUUCCAAAGUUAAGGUUUUGGCUUUCUAAAUUAUCUCUUUUGAUUAUAUAUUGGACCUGUAUAGACACAGUCAAAAAAAAAAAAUCUGUUAAUAGCCAUCUAUCCAUGUGACUCUGUAUUCUUUAAUUGUACCAAUAGCUCUUUCAUAGACUUGUGCUAAAUGAAGGUUAAAAGACCAGUUUUUUAUUUUCAGCAUUCCUCAUGCAUUUCAGUGGUAACUGAAGAAAAUAAUUUGUCAAUUAUUAAUUGUGUGCCAAGCACUUCUAAUUUUUUAUUUGUGUGUGUGUGUGUGUGUGUGCGUGUGUGUAUGUGUAUCCCAGGUAAUAAAGGCAACUGGAUGAUGUCUGUAGGAGGAAAAGAUAAUGACGGAUUUCUUCCUUUUGAAAUCUUUUACUGAUGCAUAUUUAUCAUGUAAGAGGUUUUGUCUUGAUUUCUGUUACUAUUGCCCAUUAGUAUAUGAAUAUCUUUCUGAAUUUUUAUAUUUCUUGCCUUCACAUGCAAAUGAAAGGCUUAGCCUAUGUUUUCUUGUCCUGAAGGUUUGAAUGAAGUUUAAAAUUUUACACAAGUGAAAAAGAAAAUCUCUUUGGGGAGUUGAGCUGUCAAGAGACUUAUAAUUUAUGAAUUUAAGUGAUGUCCUUUUCUGUAUUAAUAUAUUAGUGGAUAUUCGAUCUUAACUACAACAUAGGUUUGUUUAUAAAGCCUACCGAUAUGUUUUCAUUCUUUUCAAUGUUUCUUGAUAGUGCAUCAAAACACCAUCAUCCUAAUGGUAGAAGACCCUGCAAAGAAUCACAGAGCUUAAUGGGUCAAGGAGAAGUUGAAUUUGGGGAAAAUAUCUUCAAACUCACUUUGGUCAAAUAACUAUUGUGGUCCCUCUGAAAGUGCUGUGAAAGAGUUUAGGAUCUAACUAAAACAGCCAAAGUUCCAUCUUCCUUAAAUUUCAGACCUGACUGUAAUGGUAUCAAGAUAGAGAGACAUCUGAGUAAGAAGUGGAGAAUUGAGUUGGCAGUCAAUGCAAUAAAUACUUCUACUCCAUACUUUAAACAGGAAAUUAAACACUGCAAAAAAAAAAAAAAGUGUUCAUGACACUAUUCCUUCAGCACCUGACCUGUCAUGAAAUUUUUCUGCUCAGGUAUUCUUUAUGCCCCUAGUGAAUGAAACUAGGAGUAGGAAAUCUGUUUAAAACAACCACUGCAAUAACAAGAGCUUUUUUAUUCUGGCCCAUCCCUAAGCUGGCACCCACCUCAUGGUGAAAAGUCCAAAUAGCUAAGACAAUAACAUGCUGUUCGUUUGUGUGGUGUGGUAUAGAGACAGAUAUAGACCUGCUCAGUCAAAGACUCUAUGGAGCCAUCAGGCGCAUGGAAAUCUUCAGUCCUAGUUUGAUUGGAGUUAUCAGGUGAGGUCCAGGUGGCCUGCAAGGUUGGAAAUGAGGGCUGGGUACGUGAGUUACAGGAUUAGAUGCUCGAGUAGCCUUGGAAGUCACUGUGAAUCAGGCCUCUUUCCCUGAAGUUAACAUAGAUUUUAGAAUUUUUAGUUCAAUUCUGAACAGAAAAAUAUAUGUGGUUUGCUUCUUGAGAAUUGCUUAUGACAAGGGCUAUACUCUGCUGUUAUAAAGGAACGAAUAGCAUCAGAUGGGGCAAAUGAAUGGGGGGUCACAUAUAGAUUCCCAACUUAGAUUGCCUCCUGGGAAAUCAUGCAGUGCUAAAAUCCAGUGAGGUUGGGGAGAUCAUUCCCUAAGGAUGUGUGGGUCUCUUGAAGUCAGAAACAUAUUUAUAGAGACCUACUAUCAGAAAGAGGAAGUGAUCUGUGCCCAGCGGGAAAAGAGGAAGACAGGAACAUAAAACUUCUAGAUCAUAUGGUAGUGCACUCUUCUUCCCUCCGCUAAGAAAAAUUGCACUGAGAUGUGGUCAUAAAAACAACAAAGUGAAGUGGCUUCCAAAAUAUGCAGUGAUAUUAUCCCUUGUAAUUAUUGCACAGUUAUCUUACUGGAAAUGCAUGCAUGGUGAAUUAAAAUAAAAGGGGAAAAUGCACAAAUCAUACGCAUUUCCUUUGCUCUUUAUUCCUGCACAGUUAUGUCUGUUUCAACCACUUCUCUUUGGGGUGACACAUUUAUUAAAGGGAGCUGACAUGGACUUUUUCACUUUUUAAUUAGCCUUGUGUGAUUCAGAGGAAGCUUUAUCCAUAGGCACAGGUGUGUUGUUCAUUCUGGGCCCUCUUCAUUACCACUGCUUGUGUGUCUGGAUUACUUUUGCAUCCCUGGGUUUUAGAUUCUUCUCAGAGUAUCCUUUGUGCCAAGCAGAACAUUCUCCAGUUAGAAAAAGAAAAGGCAUGUAUUGUGUUUUACAAAAUUACUUGACACUGGCUCCCAGAAUGGAAGCCAAACUUAGAUUCUCAUACAUUUUCCUUUGCUGUAAAUUUCAAGCUUCCAGCUUUCUAUCUACUACAGUGUAGAUUUGAGUUAUUUGAAUGGUGGUAUUUUCUGCCAAUAGAUACCAUGCUGUGGAAUUUGACUAACCUUGGUCUUCUGGAUGAUCUUUACUAGAAUUAAUAAGAUUGUUCUGUGAACUUUUAGGAGGAAUUCUUUGUCAUCUCCACUUGACAUAGCAAUUUUCAAAGGAAAAAAUGAAGAAAGUUUAUUUUUUUUCUCCCUGGUGACUCUGUGGCAGAUAAAUGUUUUUGCCAAUUUGCAUGCUGGGUUAUAGGUUUAGCAUGGGCCAUUUCUCUCUUUAAUGUCUUGGUAUUGUUGUUGUCUUGUGAUCUUCAUGGCCCAGUGUUCCAAUUUAUUUAUUUUCUUUUAUAUUGUCAAAAUAACACACUAGAGAAAGAGUCAGAGUGAGCAUUCUGCAUUCUGAGUUACAAUGGAGUUAGAUGUCAUUUGUACAAGACUAUAGAAUGAUUAAUAUCUGCAGAGAAAUUAGACCAAAUGAAACCUGCUGGAAUAGGUUUGAUUUAUAUUGCUUUCAUCAUUCUGGUUUUAGAUGAAAUGGUUAUUGCUCUCCACCCCUGCUGAAAGAAUAGUCUUAAACUUUAAUAGUCACAGACUUGUGAUACAAACACAGAGCUUAUUUGUUUGAAAUGUCUCUUUUCCUUAUCUUGUUGUAUACAUUGGAAUAGAGAUUGUUUUCCCAGUGACCUCCAUUGCAAACUUUUUAGCAGCAUUUCUUAAUACUCAUUAGGCACACAAAUCAUUUGCAGCACUGGUGUAUGUGAAAAUGCAGAUUCCUUCACCCAAACGUCAAAGAGUCUGAUUCAGAAACUUGAAGGAGGGCCAAGAAAUCUGCAUUUUGAGCUAGCAUCUUUAAUGAUUUUGGUGAGGAUUAUCUGUAGACCUUACUUCGAGAAACUCUGCUGUUUAGGGAGUAUGAGUCAACGUUUCCUUUGCUUCCUAAAAGCUCUUCCUCAUUUCCUCUUGCUUUCUUCCCACUACAAAUAAGUAAAAGCAUGAAUUAUUCAUUAUCUUAAGAGAAAAGGCCCAAAGAAGAACAUCCUAGGACUAGGGCAUAGUAGAUUUUCAGAAUCCUUUUGCCAUUUCAUCUGUCUGUCAACCAUAACCCCUCCCCCAUCCCAUAUUGUGUGUGUGUGUGUAUGUUGCCAGACUGAAAGCCUGCAUCAUUGUAGUUUAAUCUCUGGGUAGAUGGGAGCACAUCUCGUAGUGAGAUGUAUCCUAAUGUCCUAAUGAUACUCAGCAAGGAAUGAAAAUAAUGACCUUUCCCUAGGGGAGCUGUUUAUUUCUUGGCCUUUCCUUGGUUUGAGUCAGAGUAACUUGAGAGUAAUCCAUAAUUUAAUGAUAUAUAUGGCCCCAUGGGUGGUUCCAUUAACUGCCCAUACUAUGUCACAAAAAUGAAUAUGGGAUGAUUGCUGAAUUCCACUAUAUUUCUUCCAUAAAAUCUUAAGCCAUUCAACUGCUACAUUUGUCCAAUUUGUCUCAAGCAGGACUAUGAAGGUCUUAGAUAAUUGAAGAUACUGAAUCCUAAUAUUAACUGAAAACUUGGAGCAAAACCCAUGUAUUAGAAUAAAUGCAAAAGGAAGAAAUAAGGAUGAAUUAAAAAUGGUCAUAUUAAAUAUGUAAUGCCACAAAAAGAACUAGGUUUUAUAAUUUUCCAGUUGCUCUAACCAGGAGGGAGACAGAACAGACAUACUGUAAUUAUUCAAACAGAAGAAAAAAUUUGGAGGGUUUCAAUGAUCUAGUCGAUCGUAUCCAUAUAACAGAAUAAAUGCCAAAUUUCCACAUCACAAGAAAUAGAGGGGGAAUGGCUUAAAUACAUACUAGUCAUGAUCAUGAGUGGACAUUUAAGUAAAGGUUACUGACAAAGAAAAGUGAAGAAUGGUUAACGAAACUGAUUAAUUUGAGCAGCUAAUUAAGAUUAUUUGGCCAACCUUUAAAAAAAAAGUUCAAUUUGAUUGAGUUUGUUGCCCUCCUUUGUCUAGUUCCCAAGAGGGAUCUAUUGUCUGCUCCAACUUCCUAACCUUUAAAAAUCGUUCCUCUUGUUUAUGAACAAAUUUUGUUCUUAAUUGGGCAAAGAAUUUUAAGUUCCUAGGCUGUUACCUUUCUUUUAAUAGGAAAUUUACCUUUAUAGAGAUUUUUUAAAGAAGUGUCCUGGGCCAGCAACUAUCCAGGCUUUGCCCUGGAGAAGGGUGGGGUGAUCUUCCUGCUAAUAGUCCCUGUGAAAGCACUGUGAAAUCCUAAAGGAUUUCUGUGAAUCCUUUAGGCUACCUAAAGGAUUCAUUGUCCCCUUUCUCUAGGGACCUCUUCCAUCUUAUCAGUUUAUUCUUAGAACUGACCUUUAGCUGGUUUACCUUCAUUUGCAAAAUAAAAAUCAACAAAACUUCAGAUUCUCUCUCUGCUGACUUAGGCUCCAUCCAUCACAAAUGGAAACAGAAUUGAUGCUCAAUAAAGCAGUGGAGGAGGGUUGCUUUGGAAUUGCAUCUGUGUGUGUGUGUGUGUGUGUGUCUGUGUGUGUGUGAGUGUCCAUAAAGCCAUGAGCAGUUUCUAGAUUAGUGUUGGGUCAGCAGCUAAUGUCCUUGGAAGAGCUAUCUGAGUGCAUGGGAAAAGUCUUUGGUUACAAAGUUUAACCAUUUUUUAGUUCAACACAAUAGUUCAUCUUUCCUAUGGGUGUCAGUCUUUGAGAUUGAUAAGGAAAGCCAGUCUCCUGAUGUGAAAUUCAAGCUAUAAAGAUUUCUGGGGGUGGGAGGGGGGGGAAUGCAUUUUCAUUCACAUAAGGAAGAAUGACAUCUUACUGAAAAAAGAAAAAGAACAGGAAAGAAAAGGAAUUUAUUUUUGAAAGCUCAAAUAGAUGUAGAAUUCACAUGACUUAUCAGCAAUCUUUCUCAAUUGCAGCCAUUGGCCAGUGGUUUAUCUAUUCGUUUAUGUGAGAGACAGAUGGAGACAAUUUCAAGAAACUCUCUUGUCUGAUUUGUGUGAGUUACGUGCGUUAAGACAGUGGUUCUCAACCAGGGGUGGUUUUGCACUCAAAAAGUCUUUUGGCAAAGCCUGGAGAUACUUUUGACUGUCAUGACUUAAGGUGUGAUAUUGACACUUCAUGGGUAGAGGCCAGAGAUGCUGCUACAGACCCUACAAGCCCGCUCAACAAAAAUAGUCUCCAUCCCAAGACGUCAACUGUGCUGAAGUUGAGAAAAUCUGAAUUAAAGGUUAGUUUAAGUUUCCAAGGCAUUAUUUCUGUACUGCGUACAGAAAAACUUCCAGGUCAAGAGAAAGGAUAUAAUAGAACAAUAAAAAAAAUAGUACCAGUUUAGAUGUCUAUAGGGUUUAUUUGAAGCUAGAUACAAUUGUCUGUUUUCUAUAGGUGUGAAAGCUUAGAUUUAUAGAGAGAUAUGGAACCUUUCCCAGGGUAUCUGGCAGUGAUGAGGCAGGCCUGUGGUUUAGGUGUCUGUCUUCUGCUUUAGUCUUUCUGUCUCAGAAAAAUUGUACUUCAGUGAAGUUGUCAACCUUAUAACAGCUAAAUGUGUUUGCUGUGAAGCAACUUUGGGGGCCUUUUCAGUUUGCUUGACCCUGUUAAAGAUGUUUUCCAAGCUGUUCAACAGUAGACAACAAGGUGCUCUCAAAAGAGCAAGGAGAAAGUGUGCAGAGCAGGACAGUGACUUCGUGGUCUUUAACUGCUCAACAUGUACUUUGUUUCUUUGGGUUGAAUAACCCCUCACUAAAGAAAAGCACUUGGAUCUUAGAAAAUGUGUUUCCCAGAUUCCCAUUCUCUUGUUUUCAAAGACAUGACAAGUCUAAGCACAAGCUCUGUCUACAGAGCCUUAUUAUUUAGUUUGUAUGCACUGACUUUGUUAGGACAUAAAGCACAUAUGUGUAUCAAAUAAUUUGACAUUUUUAUGGUAAUUUAUCAUACAAAUACCCCAGUGAUGAAAUAAAGGCUAGAUUAUUCUAACCCCAUUUUAUACAAGGGAAACUAAGGAUCCAGAAAGUUUAAAUCGAUCAUUCAUUUGUUUACUCACACAUGCAUUUAGCAAAUAUUUAUUGAAUGCAUACCAUGUAUAGGUCACUGUAUAGAGCAUUAUAACCUCUAGAGAAUCUAAUUUGGGAUAAAGAACUUGAGUUAAGAUCACCCAAAUCCUAAACUAACAUUAUUUCUGUAUGUAGUUCUGAUCAAUACACUAGAAUUAUGGUUUAAAUAUUAAGUUAUUAAAAAUGUAUACUAAGGAUUUAUUAUGUGCCAGAGACUCUCCUAAGUACUUUACAUGCCUUAUCUCAUUUAAUCCUAGAAUAACCCAAUGAAGCAGGCCCUGUCACUGUCAUCUUUUGUGCAGAUAAAGUCAAUGAGGCUCAGAAUGAUAAAAUAGUUCGACAGUGGCCUAGCCAUAUUUUCAUCUGUUACUGGACUCCAAAGGCGGAUGGCUUAACCAUCUCAUUAUACAAUCUCAUCUCUUCUGUUCCCCGGACUUUGCCUAUUUCUCAUCUCUUCUACUCUGAACAAAGCGUAGCCAGGAUGCUCCCAGCCUGAUAUUAUUCCUAACAGUCAUUAGUUAUUCUAAAUUGCAAAUACCACUGGACAUGCACCUUCCUUGGAGAUAAAGGAAAGGCAGGUUUGGAGAGCUGGUUUCACCUGCCACGGUUUGUACUUUAUGCCACAAGCCUUUUCAAGAAACAGGAAUGUUGUAGUUCUGCUACUCUCUGGAACUCAAGGUGGUAAGCUAGCAUCCAGGUCAGGAGGAUGAGAAUUGCAAUUGGUCGCCGUGCUGUGCACAGGUGACCAGGACAAGUUUUAGGAGAAGUAACAUAGGUGUAUGAGCAUGUGUAUGUGUGUUUAUACGUGCCUGUUUCUAUGUGUCUGCUAUUUUCACCUUUUGGCUUUUUAAAUAGUUUCAGUUUUUCAUUCAAGGAAGAUCAGAAAUCCAAAGGUGAUUGGCUGCCCUCAAGUAUCUCAUCAUUAUUGUUCUAAGUUGGAAAAAAAGAGAGGCAGCUACAGAAAAGAAACUGCACUGAAAUUUGAGAGUGUGCAUGUAAGCAGUGUGUGUAUAUAUAUGUAUUGAGUGUGUGUGUGUAAAAUUAUGUGUAUAUAUGUAUAUAUGUGUGUAUAUCUAUCUUAAUGUGUAUAUAUAUCUAUAUCUAUACAUAUGUAUACAUACAUAAACAAAGGUCAUAGUUUAAAACUUUGAAAUUCUGUGUUUGGGGAACUUUUAUUAUUACAAUUUAUAUUUGGUUUCCUAGAUAGUCUAAUAUAGUUUUGAUUUCCAAAAUUCUCUUCUACUAUGAGUGUAUGUAUUUAUUUAUGGUACAGAGAAUAUGAACAAAUACCUAGAUUUAGCAUCUAUGGAUACAAAACUAAACAAAAGUGCUUUUAAAUAAAUGACAAACUUGUAAAGAUUGGCUUUCUUAUCCAAACCAUUUCUUAGAAUUUCAAGCUAUGUGUUUUUAAACAUGUUCAUUCCCCCCCCACCAAAAAAGCCCACCAAAAAAACCCAAAUAACACCCCCAAAUGAAUAGUGAUAAUGUUUAGGAAGAAAAGAAAAAGAAAAUGUAGGUGUAUGACAAAUCCAAUGGCUAUUGCCCAAAUGGUACUUCACUUACCUAUUGGUUAAUUUACUAUCUCCUUAUUGAUUUUACUUUAUCAUUCAUGGAGUGCUCUGUGUGCUUACAUGAUUUGUAGGUGGAGCUAAUUAUCUGUUUAAUUAUUUAAAGUUAUAGUAAAUAAUUUAUAAUAUGUGUAUUGUAAAUAGAUACUAAAGGUGAAGGGCACAAUUUAAUCAUUAUCACUUUCUAUUCUCCCUUUAAUGUUGUUUAUACAAAACCAAAACAGUUACUCAAAGAAGGAAGCAUAUAGUCAAAGAAAAGAAAACAUUACUUACCUAUUUUGACAUCCUAUACACAUAAUAACCAAAUGACUGAAUUUUGGGCACUCUUUUUUUUCCUUUUAUUUUAUCAUCUUAUGGGGGUACAAAUAUUGUUAGGGUUACAUAUAUUGCCCCUGCCAUUCCUCCCACUGCCCCCUGCCUUACCAAAACAUCAAGCAUGCCCUACCCCCAGGUAUACCGUAAGUGAUGUUCUCACUCCUAGUGAGAACUUUGCAUAUUAUUGAAUAAUGUGAAAAGUGUUUAAAGUCAACCUAUGCAAACAGAGAUUCCCCGGUGCUCCUUGGGAUCAGUUUGUAUGCACACGAGCCCAUACCUUCAGAAACCUAGUCUGGCUCCCAGCCCAGGGCUCAACUCAUAGUCCAAGCACAGAUUUCUCCUCCCAGGGAUCCGUUAGGGGUGCCCACACACCAGAAGCACUUGUAAACUAAUCAGGUAUGGUUGUUGCACUUUUCUGUAAGCCCCCUGCAGAUGUGGUCUUAAAAGCAUAAGAAAUAAAAUCAUUUUUUAAAGCAAUUAAAUGUUAUAAUUAGGUUUAAGAACACCUGAAGGAGUAAUUAUUCUUCCUCCAAAUUUUGGAGCAGAGAUGAAGUUUUACAUCAUCCUGACUUCAAGCUCCCCUGUCAUUUCCUUUCAUUUAUUUAUUUUUAAUUCCAAAGGAGAAUAUUAAAUCAGGAGACUUUGUCUUAAAACAUUCUGCCUAGUCUAGAGAAGGAAAAGCUAAUGUAUUUUUGUAAAUCAUGUCUUAUGGGGAAGUGGGGGUGCCCAAACCCCUCAUUAAUUACUCUAAUUUUUCUGUAAGGAAAUGGAUUCAUGGAUUACUGGAAAGGUAUCAUACUUCAAACACACAGAAACAUAAACUUAGGAGAGCCACAUUUCAGUGAGUCUCAGUGAAAAUUGUUAAUGGGAUCUGCUUGAAAUGGGUCACCCCUUACAUUGGUGAUGGUGUCCGGCUUAGUCUGUAAAAUCUUGUUGGCUGAAGGAAGUUAAUGAUCCUGACUGAAUUCCUGUUCCUGGUAUCUUUCAGUACUGGUAGAGCACUGGGUCAAACCGAACACACAAAAUAAUUUGUCCUAAUUAAAUCUACAUGUUUAAAUGAUAUCAGAGCCACCCUUAAUAUUUUUAAAGUUAAAGACCUUGUUGAUCAGGUUACCUGGAGAUCUCCAAAUAUGUUUUACCAGGGAUUAUCAAGCUCCUCUUAACAUCUGUCUCUGAUACUUUGAAUGUGAUGUCACUACAGAUUGGAGGAGUCUAAAUUUUGCUGGUACUAAGACUGGGGCCUUGCUCAUGUUACUUUUUCCUGACCUCAUUCAAGCACUUGAUGACUUGGGUCAGUUUGUUGCACAUUGAUGUAUAACAAGUGACACCCACUGAAAUUACCUCUUUUCCUUUCCAAUGCAGUUUGCUUGUACAUAAGUGUAACGUCAAAUUGUUUACAGGUUCUUUUUGUGUGUAAUUGUGAUAGCAUAUUUAGCUCAAUCUUUAAAGGAAUUUGUUUACUGAAUGGUGUUAAAAUGAAUGUGCUUAUUACAGUAUAAACAUCAUUAAUUAUGGACUCACAUGAAUGCAUGUCUACAUGUCGUCAAUUUCCAGCAGCUCGGUUAUUCAGCAGCAAGUCUGCAGUCUGUGAAUAGCAAAUAUACAUAAACUAACCUACUGUGACUCUAAUAACGCAGUAACUGUUUUUACCUUGGUAUGUAACACUGUAGAUCUUAGCCUGCUGUAUUUCUUUCUUACCUAUUUGUUUUUUCGAGAAACGUGGUAAAAGAUAGUUCUACUAAUUGUCCCAGUAGAAUUGCACAGCAUUUUGGCAAUCAUUGGUCCACUCAAAAGGCAACUGCCUAUGGAUGGAACAACAGCCCUGAGCAACAUAUAAAUGUAUACAUACAUAUCUAUGUAUGAAAUGUCUACAAUGCUAAUUAUAAUACUACCAUCUAUUCUCACUGCCAAUGGAAACAAACUACUAUUUUCUUUGGAAUUACUGAUGGAUAUAAAAAUUAAUUUGAUAUAUUCUGUUUAGUUCUUAUAGUAUGGUAAAUGAUACAGGUGCAGUAUCAGUAUUGUAAAAUUGUAUGGUGAAAACUACAAAAGUCAUUCUGUGGAUAUAUUUUAAAAGGCAGAACAGAAACUAUAUUUCAGAUUCUUGUGUGAAUAUAAUUACAAAAAUAGGUAACUAUUUUUAUGUGUUUCCAUAAACUACUCCAUUUCAUAUACAUUGUAAUUUAGCACCAAUCAUAAUAAAUCAUUUGGUAAAAGUUGUUAUAUAUAUAUCUAUUUUCAGCAUACAUAAGAGAAUGAUGAUUCAAUAUUAUUCUAUGCUAACUCAAGAAUUUUGGAUGAAAGAUAAUUACCAUUGCAAUUAGUUUAUUUCUGGUUUGUUGUGGUAGCUUGCUGAAUUUAGGUACAAAAAAGGAGGAGACUUAAUGAUUUGGUUAUUUAAUAUACUUAGAAUGAAACUGCAGCGGGUAGAAGCCCUGCCUCCACCUCCUGUUAGUUGGGUGACUUUGUGCUAUUUAUUAAACCUCUUUCAAUCCCAGUGUCUUCAUCUGCAAAUAGGAAAUAAAAAUAAUAGAUAUUUCA